UUGGAAAUUGAGUUUGCUUGUUGUCUAAAAUGUCAACCGAUAAACAUUUAGAAAUUGUUGAAUUUAGCUUGGCAGAUGAGAGUGCGCCCAAAAUAAAAGCAACAGCUGCCGCCGUUGACGAGAAAGCGCCGAAAACAUUUAAAACAGCUGAAAAAGAGAAUCGCAACAGUCAAUCCCCGAGCGGAAUUGCAACAGCAAUUGCAACCGGUACAGCCAAGGCGGAACCCGCCACACCCAGCAGCGCAACGGUGCGAAUAAGCAGUAAGACCAACGGCGGCCAGGAUGUCGCUGACGGAACGGAGCUCAAGUUCCAGACGUAUGUGAACGGCAAUGGCAACGGCGUCUACAAGAUCAUCAAGACCUUGGGCAAAGGCAACUUUGCCAAGGUGAAGCUGGCCCUGCACGUCCCAACCGGCCGUGAGGUGGCCAUCAAGGUGAUCGACAAGACGCAGCUGAACACGAGCGCCCGCCAGAAGCUGUACCGCGAGGUGCGGAUCAUGAAGUUGCUGAACCAUCCGAACAUCGUACGCCUCUUCCAGGUGAUCGAAUCGGAGCGCACGCUCUAUCUCAUCAUGGAGUAUGCCAGUCGUGGCGAACUAUUCGAUCAUCUGGUGAAGAACGGACGGAUGUACGAGCGCGAUGCUCGCGUCAUCUUCCGGCAGCUGGUCUCGGCCAUUCAGUAUUGUCAUAGCAAAUUCGUUGUCCACCGCGAUCUGAAGGCGGAGAAUCUGUUGCUCGAUGCGCACAUGAACAUUAAGAUUGCCGACUUUGGUUUUGGCAACACUUUCGAUCCGAACGCCCAGCUGGAGACGUUCUGCGGCAGUCCGCCGUAUGCGGCGCCGGAGCUGUUCAUGGGUCGCAAGUAUGCCGGACCGGAGGUAGAUGCCUGGUCACUGGGCGUUGUUCUCUACACGUUGGUCAGCAGCUCGCUGCCCUUCGACGGCGGCACACUCAAGGAGCUGCGGGAGCGUGUGCUGCGCGGCAAGUACCGGGUGCCCUACUACAUCUCGAUGGACUGUGAGAAUCUGAUGCGUAAGUUCCUAGUCCUCAAUCCGGCCAAGCGGACAACCCUCAACGGUGUGAUGAGCGACAAGUGGAUCAAUUUGGGCUACAACGACGAAGCGGACCGAUUGCGACCAUAUCGCGAGAGGCCGAUGGAGCUGCAGGAUGUCCAACGUAUCGAUCGGCUGGUCAGCAUGGGCUACAAGCGACGCGAUGUGGAGGCAUCUCUCAAGAAUCAGGCCUUCGAUGACAUCUACUGCACCUACAUGCUCCUCAGUGUCUCCCGGCCACACAGUUCCCAGACCAGCUCAACGGAGAACACGUCUGCACCCGUUGCGAGCAGUGCCCAAGUGAUGCUGCCCCUCGAGAAGAGUCUCUCGUCAACGAAUCGUCCACUGCCGCCGCGUGUUGUCAACGCCCUUGCCACGCCCACAGCGCCACCAGCCAAACCAACGCGGCGCACACCAGCCCGCAAGACAGUACCCACAAUCACCAGCGCCAUCUCCAGCUCAGCGGCGACACCCAGUCGCAAUCGCUCCCCGCAGACGCCGCAGGGCAAGCGGUCAGCGGAUGUGAAGCCGACGCUUCUCAGCGCCCAGCGGCAAUUGGCCCAGGCGCAGAAGAAGGUGAAUAGUCCGCAACGCUUUCACUACCAAGGCUCUGUGCGACGACCGGCAACGCUCUACGAGAAGGCGGAUUCAACCACGCCCACAACAACAACAGGAACAACAGCAGCAGCAACAGCAGCAGCAGCAGCAGCAACAACGACUGCAAUGCUGGCGCCCAAGUCACCCAAGGAGGGUCGGCUGCUGGAGCGACUGCACUUACCAACAGACUCCAAAGUGAACGCUGCCACGCCCACUUCAACAUCCACAUCUGCCUCGUCCUCAGCCUCGGAUAACAAGCCCUUCACGCGCAGCAAUGCGGCACGUGCAACGUUUCACUUUGGCCAGGGUCGCACGGGGAAGCAUGGACGCGGCACCUCCGCCAACAGUGGCGAGGAGGCGGAGGCCAGCUAUCAGGCGCCGCCGCUGUCGGCGGACGACACCAAGCCCGCCUCCCGUGUGGGUUUCUUCUCCAAGCUAACGGCUCGCUUCGGACGCCGCGUGAUCCAUCUGAAUGAGAAGGAUGUCGCCGAGCAGCGCAAGAACCUCACCAAGUAGCAUUAAUGUUCAAUGUUCUUACCUACAUCAAAACAUACAUCAUGUAUACAUCAUACUUCAUUCAUCAGCCACCCAAAUGGAAAUUGCCUUAUGCUGAUAUUGCCUCAAAAUGUGUCAACGAGCAGCAGCACAGUACAAAGAAUGGAAAAGCAACAGCCAAGUAAAAAAAUAAACAACUCGAGUGAAAAUUGUUUACAGAUUUAGAACUAUAAGUGAUAUUAUAUUAUAUUUUUUUAAAUGCAAAAAAU